AUGUCCGCGGAGGAUGCCUGCCAGCUACUAGAUAUAUUCUUCGCUGAUCAUCGCAACUCCGUCUCAAACAUAACUUGCCCCUACAUUCUCACUACUGUCUUACGAAAGAAAUCCGUCUUGCAUCCAAAUCAUCCCCGGAAAACAUCGCUUGCCUUGCUCACAACUAUCCUCUGGACCGUGGCACAAACAGCAGAGAGUGGUAUCUACUAUUUGCCGGGUUCACGGAAACGCAUUGUUGACCAUCUUUACUCCCUUACUCUGACGCAUUUCCAUCUAAGAGAUAUCGACAACUGGCAUCGAGUACCUGGCGGAUGGCAGCUAGACGAGGAUGAUAUGUUCAACGUUGACCAGCAGCAAUGCAACAAAGCCAGGACCACAUACUCAAAGGGUCCUAAUCCAACAGUGGAUGAUGUACUCACUCUCACUCUACGAACUCUGGUGAUAUCAGGUGGUGAAUUCAAAGCUGAUUGUAUCAAAUGGUGGAACAAAACCGUUUCGCUCGUAAGGCUUCUCGGUUAUAACACCGAGGCGGGACUAAAUACAACGCAUGAUCCAUCUGCCGACACAUUCGAAACACAGGAAGAACGCCGUAGGGCGUUCUGGCUGGUCUACAUCUUAGAUCGGCAUCUGGCUUUGUCAUAUAAUCGGCCGCUUUGCAUUCUUGAUGCCGAAUGUCGCGUCUUGACUCCUCUCCCCGAAGAGCUAUGGCAAAGCCUGGAUACAACCAGCAUUCCCCACCGCAGCUUUGGGCCUCCAACAACUAUUUCAGGCUCCGGGAUCUUCGAGUACUUCCUUCCCCUUACGGCAUUGCUUGGCGACAUCAUCGAGCUUCGAUUAAUACACCAUCACCCUCGUCUCACCAUGUGCAGCGAGUUGGCGACUUUUGAAGUCAAACAUUCACUUGAAGAAUGUGAAGAAAGUCUCAAAAGCUUCGCGGAUAGUCAAGUGUCCACAGUUCAUACUUUCCAGGCAACUACAUCGCAAGUACGAGCGAGUCUAGUGGUUGCCUACUCCUCUUAUAUCCUCAAAGUGCUUUAUGUUCUUCUUUAUGGAAAGUGGGAUGCUGUGACUAUGCUGGAAGACACAGGCGAAUGGAUUAGCACAAAUAACUUCUCUGAAUGUGCUUCGAACUCCAUUGCCGCCUCGCAAUCGCUAACAGAAAUUUUAAGGGUUGAUCCAGAACUAUCCUUCAUGCCCUACCUCUUCGGCAUAUACUUGUUCCAUGGCAGUUUCAUAUUGCUACUAUUUGCUGAACGAAUGCCUCAGAUUGGGCCGAAUGAAUCCGUGGAGCAGGCUUGUGAAGUGAUUAUCCGAGCCCAUGAGGUCUCCAUAGUCACGUUGAGCACUGAAUUUCAGAAAACGUUUCGUAAAGCCUUCCGAUCGGUUUUAUACGGUGUUCGAAACUUUGAAGUAACUGAGCCGGACUUUCCGGUGAUCAGAAAGGAGGUGUUGGCAAUGUAUCGGUGGACUAUGGGACACAAGGGUCUUUGCCUUUAA